AUGAAGAUUCAUCUCUUUUUCUUUAUUCUGCUCCUUUGGGUCACAAUAUUACCAGCCAAAAAGAGGUUUCCCGAGUAUGGUAGCUUGGAUUUGAGUUAUCAUUGCAAAAUGAGUAAAGGUCACUGUAAAACCCAGUGCUCUGAAAAUGAAUUUAGGAUUGGCUUCUGCAUAAGACCUGGAACUCACUGCUGCAUCUAG